AUGUCAAAAAACGUGUGAUCAAAAAUUUAAAAGCAUCAUGACAUCAGAAAUCGUGAAAGCCGUAUGUUUAAAACUGGUAGAAUUUAGAGUGAUGGACAAUUCGGAGAAAUCGGCUAAGAACUUUGCCGAAGAUAUGCUCUCGAAUAUGGAUCUGUUUUGGGAUGGAAAACUGGUGGAUGGCCUUCUGGGCUAUCUGAAGCACCCAAAGUUCUUGAGGGAGCCCCGUCAAUGUGUGAAGUCCUUGAGGGUCCUGCUUGAGAUGACCACUCACUGCACUGAAGAGAAUUCAAGGCGUCUGGCAUUGGGAACGAAUAUCCUCCAUUUCCUAAAAGAUAUCCUGGAAACCCCGAAAAUCCGCGAACUUAUCGUGCGCACCUCGCUGGAUUUGAUCAGCAAUCUAGUCCUGUCUGGUUGGCAAGCUCGUGCUGCCGUCGAAUCGGAUGUACUCGUUGCACUGCUGAAGCUAAUGAAUCCCCAUCGGAAGGACCCCCAGAAGUUCAAUGCCUUGUUGGCUCAGAUAUUAUGGUUCCUAUAUAAAAUGCUUGGGUACAAAGUGCCGUUUCCCAAUAAGAUUGCCCUCGUUGCAAUAGCCGUAGCCCUGGAGAAACACUUGCUUCCCAACAGAGAUGUGAAUAUAAUCCUGCUCCUAUUAAGACUGGCUCGUCUUGUCUCGGAAUAUAACUCGGUUACGCUGCCGGCGAUGAUUUACUCGGGUCUAUUUGAAAGAGUGGCUCCUUUCGUCCUGAGUCCUGUGACGGAGAUCAAACGGGAAGCCAUCUUCAUUUUGGCCAACACCUGUGAGCAGCCUCGCAAAAGAAGAAAGGAUUUACUGUAUCGGUUUCCCAAGAUCAUUAUUCUCUAUAUCAAUGAUUUCUUCCUUUCGGGAACCGUGGAAUUUCGCGUCUUGAUGCAUCAGCUGCUGGGUGUUAUCAUCGAAAAUAAGUGUAUUAGGACGGAUAUGAUGCUGCGCCUCAUCCCAAAGAUCAUUUGGUGUGCAAGUAAAAGAGAACCGGAGCUGGAAGUCCGCCGGGCAGCAGGAUGGACCCUGGCCAGCCUGGCUAUCCACUUAGAGCCCAAGAACUUCUCACUUUUCAUCAAAUUCGGUGGCUAUCAUGUGCUCUGCCAGGUGCUAAUUAGCGAUCCACCGGCCAAACUUUUGCAAAAUAUCCUGGCUGUUUUUCUAAAGCUCAUCAGAUCCCAUCCCGACAUGAAGCCCUUUCUUUUAAGUGUGUUGCGGCACUGCGGGGUUUGGCCCAUUCUUCAGAAGUUACUUGACAGUGAAAACCCCGCAGUCAACACUCUAGCCACUUUGCUGUGCCUUUAUGGAGAGACGAAUAUAUAUUGUGUUGGGUGGAUGGUUAACUAA